AUGGCCAGCGUUUUGAAAAGUGUCACAUGUUCUGAUAACACCGUGCAAAGGAGAAUUAAAGAUAUAUCGGAGGAUUUGAUACAACAGGUGGUUGAGAAGAUAAUUGCAGCUAAGGGGUUUUCGAUGCAGUUGGAUGAAAGCACAGAUAUUUCAGGCAAAGCCCAGUUGGUCAUUUUUGUUCGUGUUCCAGAUUCUGAAGAUAUUAUUGAACAUAUUUUGCUUUGUCAACCUUUACCUGAGAGAACAACUGAUUCUGAAGAUAUUAUUGAACAUAUUUUGCUUUGUCAACCUUUACCUGAGAGAACAACUGGUGAGGAAAUUUUCAAACAUAUUGAUGAUUUCUUCUGCAAACAUGAUAUUCUUUGGUUUUUGUGCGUUGCAAUUUGUUCAGAUGGAGCAGCAGCAAUGACAGGAAGAACAGCUGGUUCCAUUGCGAGAGCAAGGCAACAAAAUAAUUUGAUAGUUUCUUCUCAUUGCAUCCUGCAUAGACAUGCGCUGGCAUCGAAGAGAAUGAGUGAGAUUUUGCACGAGACCUUGAAUGAUGCUGUAAAAAUUAUUAAUUACAUCAAGAACCGCCCUUUGAACGCGCGGUUGUUCCGUCAAUUGUGCCAAGAAAUAGGUUCUGACCAUAAGGCGUUGCUUUUCCAUACAGAAGUUCGACGGCUUUCAAGAAGAAAAGUUCUGAUGAGGAUUUUUGAACUCCGUGAUGAAGUGUAUCUCUUCCUGAAAGAUUCAUCAUCCCUUGCAGAGAAGUUUGAAGAUGUGUCAUGGGUUUGCCGCCUUGGUUACCUUGCAGACGUGUUUAAAAAAUUAAACGAACUGAACGUGUCUCUCCAGGGAUACGGACAUAAAAUUUUUACAAUGGAAGAGAAAGUUUCAGCUUUUCAUAAGAAACUCUAUUUCUGGAUGAAUCGGGUCGCAAAUGGAAACUUGGAAAUGUUUCCGAUUCUCUCGGAAUUUCUAGCAAUGAACGCUGCCGUCGAUACAAGAGAAAUACAGAAAGUUAUUACCAACCAUCUGAAGAAGCUCUAUUCAGAAUUUGUAUUAUAUUUUGCAUUCUUGACAUCAGGAAGCAACGUUGGAAAGCACUGGAUUACAUCGCCGUUUAAUAUGGAGAACAUUAUGAGUGCCGAUCUUUCCAUCCAGCAGCAAGAGAUAUUGAUAGAUAUGACAGAUAAUCAGUAUUUCCAAGAAAUGUUCAAAGAAAAAUCAGUGACAGAAUUCAGAAGUCAAGUGAGGAAAGAGCAUGAUGAACUCAGUGCUAAGGCGAUUACAGCUCUGCUACCCUUCGGCUCGACGUAUCUAUGCGAAAAAGCCUUUUCUUCCAUGACAAGCAUAAAGACGAAACCAAGAAAUUGUUUGUAUUUGGAAUACGAUCUGGUGGUCUCGGUAAGCACACUUUCUCCACGGAUCCAGGACCUGAUGGAAAAAAAGCGCACGUUUCGCACUAAGCAUGGCAGUAAGAGUGAGUAA